UUAUAAGCAGCUGUAUGUUUUGCUGUACGGCUGCGCGUAUAAUCAGCUAUAUAGAUAAACGUAUAUAUAUACGCUACUAAGCGUUUCGCUAGCGGUAUAUGAAACAUAUAUUAGUGUGAUUUAAUUAGUACCAGACAAACUGAUUAGCUGGAGAAAAAAGACGAAUGCAAUGGUUCAAAGAGAAACAAAGUAUUUUCUUAUUGCUGUAAUCGGAACCACAAUUAAUAUAACCGCUUACGUGGGUUUGCUUGAUCUACAAAGCAGUAUUCACAUUUCCCACAACCUUGGAACGACCAGUCUCAGCAUUACAUUUGGUUGCGGUUUACUUUUAAGUUUGUUUGUCACUCCUUUGCUUUUGUGCAACUUGGGAGCGAAAUGGACACUCAUACUCGGCGAAUUCGGAUUUAGCGUUCUAACAUUGGCAAAUUUUUACCCAGGGUAUGUCACUAUAAUACCUGGAUCUAUUGCGGGCUCGAUGGGCGAAAGCUUUGUAUGGACAGCUAGUCAAGUGUACGUUGCAAACCUUUUCCUACAUCGGCCUGCUGACAACGAACAUGAUGCUGACUCAAACGGUGAGAUCACCGAUCUAUGGUUUGGGAGGUUCUUCGGCAUUCUAAAAACGUGCGUGAUAUGGGCAAAUUUGAUCUCAUAUGGAGUUCUCUAUGGUUUUAAGAGUUCAAGCAUAUCGAACUUUACAAACGGAAACUAUUCUAAUUGUGCAUCAAACUUUUGCUAUGCAACAACUAAACAUGGUUCAGGUUCUUAUAUUCCGCACAACAGGAAUUCUCUGUACAUUCUCCUAGGUGUAUAUUUGGUCCUACAGCUCUUCAGUGUUUGCCUUCAUGUAUUUUAUCUCGAACCUGCCGAGCGAUCAGCGGCACAUAUACCAAACAGCACAACAGUGGUACGUACAAGUAUUUUGAAUAUAAUCAGUUCAUCAGUGAAAUCAACUGCAUACCAUCUAACAUCUACCGAUCAAAUUCUUAUGACGCCAAUCAUUUUCUACUACGGGUUUAUGGUAUCGUAUUCACUUUCUGACUUCACUAGAGCGUUCGUGUCUUGUACAUUAGGCGUGGAAGAGGUCGGAUUGGUUAUGGCGAUCUACGGUGUUUUUAAUGCAACCAUGGGCUUUGGUGCUGGAAAAGCAUCUCAUAUGUUCGGACUGCCUAUAGUUUACAUCGUCACAUGUUCGUUUGACAUUGGCAACUAUGUCGUGCAACUUCUUUUUCGUCCGGAAGUAGCUACAAGGUAUUGGGUGUUUGCUUUGGCUGCAAUGUUGGGAACUUCUGACGGUAUCUGGCAAACGGUAAUUUCAAUUUCAGAAAUCGUUUACUUCAGGGACCGCCUAGAGCUCGCCUUUGCAGGCGUAUCGUUUUGGCAAGUGUUGGCUAUGACAGUCGGCUUUAUUAUGAGCGGCAGAGUUUGUCUCAAAAUUAGACUAAUUCUUUUAAUAUCCAAUGUCGUUCUGGGUUGUUUUGGUUAUGGUAUCACCGAAACGAAGAGAAGAAAUACUCGGAAUUACUUAUCCGAGGAAAAUGAACCCAUUCUGGAAAGUUGAAUUUUAGCAGUCAGAGUAUAGUAACGUUUUUUUCAUAGUGUUAUUUCUUUGCUCGUGUUUUCAUGCACACAAUACAUGGUAGUUCCACUUAUAACAUUUAUGCUACAAAAGCGUCGAUGUUCCUAUAUCAUUUAUUAUAAAAGACGGUUUCACGGCAGAUUAACACUUCGCUAAACAAAUGGAACAGUGAAGAGUUCGGACUGUGAGGCAAUGAAAUGACAAAGCACAUAUUACUAAACAAAGCCUUUUAUGUGUUAGAUUUCUAUGGUACCAUGAUUCAGCGGAAAUUGCACCAACAAAUAAGAAAUUUAAUAAUUAAUAAGAACGGAAACAGUAAUUAGAAAAUUAAUACAAGGAAAUUAACAAGGGUAAUGUAUACAAGAUUUAUUUUUUGACAAAGCGAUAUUAUUGGUAUACUGUUCUUAAACAACGGUUUUAUAGUUGUAAUAUUUUUGAAGUUAUACGCGUUAACGCGUAUAGCGGUAUUUAUUUUAUACGAGCUAAUUUAAUACUUUGAAGUAGCUAUGCUGAUACGAA